ACGUGUGUGUCUGACUGUCAGCUUACAUUUACAGUGCACGCGAACAUUCUUUUUUCUUUCAGGUCUAUUUUUUCCUUGGAAGCCUGGCUAUAUCUUUCGCUGCUGCUGUAGUACUAAGGCUCGCAAUUGAGAUGCCCAUGAACAAUCUUCAGAAGCUCGUUUGAGAGGAAGAUGGCCUCAAUGACGUUUCGAACGCAGCCAAAAAAAGUGAAUUUUCAACGUUGGCACGCUCAGCUACUGGCUCAUUUUUACGUCGUGUUAUUCUCAGAAGCAACGCUUUCCACACCAAGGCGUUCACACAUGGUUGAUUAUCUUCAUGAAGAAUUCCUCUCUGCCGAACUUCCACUGAGCGCAAGGUGCAGACAUGAUGUUUCUGUCUACAUGACGCACUUGCAAAGUGGCUCCGAUUGGGCAAUGAAGAUGUUUGACAGCACUGGCAAAAUGGAGAGUGGAAUAAUGAAGGGAGGACGCACCUUCUUAGGUUUGUAUUCAGAGUGCAUAGAAGCACUUCCGCAAGCCACCGCACUUUCACCUUCAGAAGACCAUACUCAACACCUCCCCGCUUUCACGAGCACUUACUGCUUAACCACAGUGCAUCUUGACUCAGAGCAAAAAGCCGAAAAACAGGGCAUAGUAAGUUCUAUCUGCAAGAAGCUGUAUGGUUCAAGUAUCACUGCUGGCGUCUGUGUACCUUCCACUUGCACUGAAGAAGAUGUCAGUGCCAUUGCUACCUUUGCUAUGUGUGGAUUCGGCUGCAAUGGAAACGCAACAUCAACGAGAUGCCGAAGAGAAAGCAUGACGCUGAUGGCUGACAGUCCGGCCCUAGUGACUACCAUAUGUCUUGUGUUGCUGACGCUGGUUGUUAUAGCUGCCACCAUCAUAGACUACAAUGGAAGGUGGCACGUGAAAAAAGAAGCCAUCAAGUCAUCCGCAACUGAAAAGCACUCAGUGAGUGCAGCCACAGGAAAAACAAAUCAAGAAGGAUCAUUUGGUCCAAAAACCCGCAAGGCACUUCUUUGUUUCUCUCUACUUGAAAACGGCGCCAGACUGUUUGGAAGCGAGAUCUCGACGGCGGGAUCAUUGACCGUCUUGAAUGGGCUGAGAUUUUUCAGCAUUGCAUGGAUUGUGUGUAUCCACAAUCGAUAUAUUUCUCGUGACAUCGCAGUUUUCCGCAACUCAUACGAACUGUACAAAAAUCACCUGACGACGACAAUUAUUGAUCGAGGAACUUUGGCAGUGGAUACGUUUUUGUUCGUUGGUGGUCUCCUCGUGGGAUAUGCAAAUCUGACGUACCUCAGAAAAAAUAAUGGCCAGAAUAACUGGCUUAUUUACUAUUUCCACCGCUACUUGAGGACUGUGCCUCUCAUGAUGAUAACAGUUGCAGUUUCCGCUUUCUUGAUGCACCACAUGGGUGAUGGACCACUCUGGAUGGAUAUUAUAACAACUUACGAGAGCACUUGCCGAGACAAUUGGUGGAUGAAUCUUAUAUACAUUCAGAAUUUUAUCAAUACGAAGAAAGCCUGCUUACCACAUACAUGGUACUCAGCAGUUGACUUCCAACUUUACUGCAUCGCUCCAAUAUUUAAUUAUCUUCUGUACAGAUGGCCUCGUGUAGGAAAGGUGGUGUGCGGAGUGCUUGUUGUGGCUUCCGCUAGUUUCACCACAGUGUAUACUGCAGUGCAUGGAAUGGGGAGUGUUCCUGGUGUUUAUGACUACAUGGAAGAUGUUUACAUCAAGCCCUAUUUUCGCAUCUCGACGUAUCUCGCUGGCAUUCUUUUGGGCAACUACAUUGUAGCCAACAAAGAGAGCAUCUCGGCUACAAAAGGUUUUCCUCUACAAUGGCUUGCUUGGGGAGGCUUCGUGGCCGACCGACCACGUAGCUCGUCACUAAGCGAUUAA